CCCGCCGCACCCGACGAGGAUUCUGGAUCCGAAACCGAUUCAGAAUUCGAAUCCGAAUCCGAUUCAGAAUCUGAAUCCGAAUCCCGCAAGAAGUCCAGAAAAAAAUCCAAAGCGGCCGCCGCCGACUCCGCCUCCGCUUCCCUGGCCAGAUCUACAAGAAAGAGGGCCGUGGAGGAGGUUAAGGGGACGGAGCCCACUGUCACCAAGAAGUCGAAAACCAGCAAGAAGGCUGAAGCCGAGGCUUCUCAAUCUGAGAAGAAACAAUUGUUCCAGAGGAUAUGGGGCGAGGGCGACGAAAUAGCCGUCCUGAACGGAAUUAUGCAGUUUAGGGCCGAGAAGAAAUCCGAACCGAAUGAUAAUUGGGACUCGUUUCACGAUUUCAUCAAGGAAAAUUUGCACAUUGACGUGACAAGGAAGCAGCUGAGCGAUAAGAUGUCUAAGAUGAAAAAGAAGUACACAACCAACAAGAGAAAGGAGCAGGAAGGUAAAGGACCAACCUUUACGAGCCAGCAUGAGCAGGAAGCCUACGAUCUUUCGGAUAAAGUGUGGGGUGCUGAAAAAGAAAAUGGGGUCGAAAAAGCCAAUGGCANGGAGAAAGUGUGGGGGGCUGAGAAAGAAAACGGCAAUGGAAGUGGGUCCGAGAAAGAAAACCCCAAUGGAAGUGGGGCCGAGAAAGAAAACCCCAAUGGAAGUGGGGCCGAGAAAGAAAACGGCAUUGGAAGUGGGUCCGAGUUGUUGAGGGGUCUAGGCGAUGUUCCAGCUGUUGAGGACAAGGAGGGGGAAAUGGGAAAUAAGGAGGACGAUGAGGCAUUGGAGAAUCUGGAGAUUGAAGAGAUGAAGGUGUACCUGAGGCUUUUUGAGUUGAAGGCUCAAAAGGCAAAGCUUUUUGUGCAGACGAUGAUCAAAUUAUGGAAUUGUGAGGUUGACAUGAACGUUUUGGUGACUUGUGAUUAA